AUGUUGUCGUCUUCAACUAACCUUGGAACUGUCAAAAACUGCAAAGAGUCGUCGUCACAACUAAAUAUGUCAUAUAUUCCUGAUGAUAUAUUGUUGAAUUGCUUGGCUCGAGUCUCGAGAUUCUACUACCCGACUCUCUCCUUAGUCUCCAAGAGAUUCCGCUCUCUCCUUGCUUCACCCGAGCUUUACAAGACCCGAACACUUUUAAGCCGCACCGAGACUUGUCUCUAUGUUUACUUAUGCCAUCGUUGGUUCACUCUCUGCCGAAGACCAACUAAAUCGCGACGGUUCACUCUAUCAUGCUUUAGACCAUCAAGAACCCUAACGAGUGACAAUAUUUUGGUCUCGGUCCCAUCUCGCAAUGAUUUUCCAUAUUAUUGUCAAACUCUUACCGCAGUUGGUUCUAGUAUCUACAUGAUUGGUGGAUACACGGCAUACAUCCAUAAUAAGGACUCGCCUAGGGUAUUCUUCAUGGAUUGUCGGUCUCACACGUGGCACGAAGCUCCAAGCAUGCAGAUAGUCCCGAACAACCCUCGAGCGAGUGUUAUCGAUGGGAAAAUCUAUGUAGUGGAAGGCUCCUCCAGAGAUCUUUUUGGUUCCUUGAAAUACUCGAUUGCGGUUUUUGAUCCUAAGACCCAAACAUGGGAGCUUGUGGAAAGCCCUGGUGCGGGGAUACGAGGGGCGUAUAUAAGUAACAGUUUGGUCACCAAAGAAAACAUUUAUUUCUUUGGGGACAAGAGCUUAGUUUACAAGCCGAGUGAAAAAAUAUGGGAGGCGGUAGGGUUGGAGAUGCAUUUGCUACACAUGAAUCUUUGGUUGGAUGAGAUUCCUGACGAUGGUUAUUGUGAGAUAGAUAACGUAUUAUACUGUUAUAGGUUAAAGAAAGUGCUCGAAUGGUACGACUAUGAGGAAGGAGCCUGGAAAGUUUUGAAGGGUUUGGAAAAACUGCCUAAACUGCCAACGGGUAAAAAUCGUGUUAGCUUAAUUCAGUGCGGCAAAGGAAAGAUUGCGGUCUUAUGGGAUAAGAAACAUGCUUUUAGUUCUGAGACGAGGAUUUGGUGUGCCGAGAUUUUGCUUGAAAGACGCAGCAAAUAUGAGAUUUAUGGGAGGGUUGAGUGGUGUGACGUUGUGUUAACAGUCCCUAGGUCAAGGUUUUUCAGGAAGCAAUUGAUUUCUGCUACUGUUUGA